GUCCUACGCGGCUAUCGGUGACCGGUAGCCAGUAGUUCGGCAGCCGAUAUAUAGAGGAGAGUUAUCAUAUGUUUUCUCAAUACAACAGUUCACUUCACUUACACGCCACCGUCAAACGCAAUGGCACUCUCAAACCGCGCCCACGAAGCCGAGGAGGCAUGCAAGGGGAUGGCUUUGUGGGAAGUCAUCACCAAUCUUUACGACCAGGAAAACAAUCCUGAUGGUAUUGUGAGUCUUGGGGUGGCUGAAAAUACCCUCAUGCACAAUGUUUUACGAAAACACAUUCACGAUAACUUGGCCUUGACCAACCCGGCUUUUACUUAUGGAGAUGGUACCACGGGCACGAAAAGAGCCAAACAGGCUGUUUCUAGAUUCUUGAAUAAGCAUCUGAAGCCUUUUCGGGAUAUUGAACCAGCGCAUAUUUCCAUGACCAAUGGAUGUAGCGCUGCCAUUGAGCAUUUGUCGUGGGCGGUCGCGAACCCUGGUGAUGCGAUUCUCCUUGGGCAGCCAUAUUAUGGUACCUUUGUCCCUGAUCUCACGUAUCGUUUUGGAGCCAAGCUUCUUCCAGUUGCGUUUGGUGAUGUCGAUCCUCUCUGUGAAGAGGCAGUGACCAAGUACGAGGAAGUCAUUCUCGAUACUCAAGCCAAGGGGACCAAGGUUGCCGGUCUAGUUAUCAGUCACCCACAUAACCCAUUGGGACGUUGCUAUUCUCGCAAAGCUCUCGUUGGCUUCAUGAAGCUGUGUCAGAAGUACAAGGUUCACUUUAUCAGCGAUGAGAUCUACGCCCUCUCAGUCUGGCCGAACACUGUCGAUCAACACCCUCCCCCUAUUCCUUUCGAAUCUGCUCUUGCCAUCGACACUACGGGUAUCAUUGACCCUGAGAGGUUACACGUUCUAUGGGGCAUGUCCAAGGACUUUGGUGCCAAUGGCAUCCGAGUUGGAGCCAUUGUAUCUCAGGCCAACUCAUCCCUUCACGCUGCUAUAGUCGCUGUUGGUCUAUACAGCUCUGUAUCUUCCAUCUCCGACCACAUCACGGCCAACGUCCUGGAGGACGACGCCUUUGUCGAUGCAUACUUGGCCGAGAACCAAAGAAAACUAUCAGCUCAAUACGCACGAGUCGUUUCUUGGGCAGUGAAGAAUAAUAUAGAUUACGCUCCCGGCGUGAACGCUGCAUUCUUUUUAUGGGUUAAUCUCGGCAAGGUUUACGAGGCACUGCACCCGAAGGUUGAGACUGACGAUAUCACGGAUUUUGUCAUGGACAAAUUGAUGGAAGGGAGGGUCUUUCUUGCCUCGGGUAAAGCCUUUGGUUCCGAGAAGCCGGGCUGGUUCAGAAUUGUGUUCUCCCAUCCAGAUGAGUACCUUGAUCUGGGUCUUCAGCGAGUGAUGGAAGCAUUGCAAUAGCAUUUCUGUCUUAACAUGAUUGGAUAACACAACAAAAUGUGAUCAUACUGCGAAUAGAGAUGCUUUUUAAUGAACCUGGCUAGUGGUUGGCUUUCAUGUCCCCGUUAAGCCCAUGGAACAGACUUGAUAUCUCCCCCUAUGUGGUUUUCGACAUAUCUCUACCACUUCUCAGCCUUCCACCUGGACAUUGGGAAACAAUUUACCCAUCCUAAGUAGCCAAGUUCCAGUAAAUUUUCACCUUAUGUGCUUUGCCAGAGGACUCAUCUCACUAAACUGUAACCGGCAUC